AUGUACCUGCCGCAGGCUCAGAGGCGCUACCUCGCCCUGCCCAUGGGUGCUCUGGAGGGCCUCAGGAACGUCAACGAGCACUACAUGCAGAUGACAACACGGGGAAGGCACGAAGCUGCGCAUCAAGCUGCCCAAAAGGCUCCAAAAGCUCCAACUCCGGCAGCCAAAACCGUGGCUCGGAGCCGCAGCCCCAAGCGUAGCAAGGAGGAAAAGGCCGAGAAGAAGGAGCCACCAAAGGAGGAGGUGAAGAAGGAGGAAGAGAAGGAAGCUCUCAAGGAGGAAGCGAAGGAGGCUUUCCGGGGGGCUUCCCCUUUGCUCAGUCGGCUCUUCAUACAAACUUGA